CGAGUGCUGGCGCGCGUACAUUACUCCGCUCACCAUGAACACUUCCAUGUUCAAUUACUCCGGCUACAGGCCUUUGCCCUUCCGAGAUGACCUCACGAACUACACGAAUAGCCGGACAUUUGGUAACCCCUUCUUGGAGCAGUCUCGGGAAAAAUCCCUUAUUUUCCCAACUUACUUGUGCUUGGGUGCUGCAGCCCUCUGUCUCUACACAUGUGGAACUCAAAAGCUCAUCAAAGCGUCAUGGAUUAUCUGGACCCUUAUCCUCCUUAUUGCGGUUUUUGUGAUGCUGCCCAUCAUCAGCGCUCUCCUCCUCUACAAAUCGUUGGCCAAUUUGUGGCUCAGGGGCAAAAUCCUCAGCGGCGCCGACACUUUCUGGGCGCUUGAUACUGACGAUCCCGCUUCGCUCGCCGUGAUUAACGUCCUGGCCAUCGUCUCGGGAGAUCUAAACCUUCAACAGCUGAAGAAUGCGGUCGGAGAGAAACUUGUGCCCUCCCAUCCAAAACUGAAGUAUUUGCGCGAGUGCUCUCCGUUUGGAUACUUUUUCUGGAAUGGCCAGCAGAAAUUCAAUUUGGACGAUUACGUAAAAACCAUCGGCUGCGAAUACAACGACGAGGCGUCGAGCGAGGAGGAGUUGAGGGAGGCCCUGUCGGGCCUGAGCAACGCACAACUUCCACACAACCACCUGGCCGGCUGGGAAAUCCUGCUCGGCCCGAAGCUGAUGUACGACGGGAUGACGCAAAGGGCAAUAGUUUUCCGUAUCCACCACUCCAUGGGCGACGGGCCGGCCCUCUUCCGCGCUCUCUUCUCCACUUUAGCCGACUGCAAAAGCAUGGAAGUGUUCACCCCUAAUCUUGAGACGGUCAAGAAAAUGAUCGAUGGAAUCCAGUUAAGAUAUAAUAACAAAUUCUUUGACAACGUCGUGGCAGUAGGAAGGUCCUUGAGAGGACAGUUGCUACAGCCUUCUGACGAUAAUGUGCUUCACGGGUCGAAACUAUCAGGUCAAAAACAGAUUGCCUGGUGCAGUUCAACGCAACUGAUGGAAGCUGCAAAGUCAAUUCACAACGCAACAGGUGCUUCGUUCAGUGCUGGCCUUCUGGCAUCAUUUUUGGCUGCUGUUUCCCAGUUUGGAAAUGACGCAGACAAGCUCAAGGCAUGCACCAUUGUAUUCCCGGUCAGAGCUCUGCAAAACAACCCUAAUACAGAGCCAGAGAUGUCAAACACAUUUUCGUGCGCGGUUGUGAGCAACCGCAUUCCAGCGAUGGACGAUGGCGUCGAUGCCCAAAUCAAAGCGGCCGACGAAGCUCUUAAAAAGGCCACUCAGCCUGUUGUAAUUGGAGCCACGAGGGCUAUUCUCAAGUUGGUCGGAGACGUUUGUCCCCGUCCAAUCGCCAAUCUCGCCCUGAACAGUAGACAGUGCACGGCCGCCAUGAGCAACAUGCCGGGGCCUCAAACGAAGAUCUCCGUGUUUGGUUCGUCGGUUGAGAAGCUUGUCUUCUGGGUGCCUAACAAAGGAUCCACAGGUGUUGGCGUCAGUAUUUUAAGCUACGCCGGAGAGCUCAGCCUUGGCCUCAACGUGGACGCUGCCCUUGUGAACCAGCAUGAUGCAGCCAAAACACUAUUACUCCUUUGGGAAGAGCAACUGUUGCUUAUGUCCAGCGUUGUUGGAAAUACACUCUGAAUGUCGCUCUAAUUUGAAUGGGAUUUGAUUUUCAUACCCGUCAAGUUUAUUGUGAAUAUUAUUGAAGCAAUAAUGUAAAUAGAUAUUAUGUAUUUUUAAUUUUUACAGAAGAUAAUAAAAUA